UUAUUCCCCAAACCGCCAUCUAGUUCCAUUCGGAAACAUAAAUAACUGCCAAUUCCCUGGCCCGCCCUCGACAUUCAAUUCUUCCUCAUCUUUCAGAACCCAUAAGCUAAUUCCUGCGAAUUUUCAUUUGGGUUCUGAAUAUUUAUGGUCCUUGAGGACAAAAACUACAUCAAGAACCCAUAGAUUUUUUUUGCCGGGCGUGAUUUGGGAUUUAAAGAUGUGGCAACCAGGGAAAGGCGACCUGGAAACAGGAAACAGCAACGCAUUGUACCCGGGAAUGGUAGAGAAUGCAGAGCUUCGGUGGGCAUUCAUCCGCAAGAUUUAUUCCAUCGUCGCAAUCCAGUUGCUGCUCACGGCGAUGGUUGCCGCCGUCAUCGUUUUUGUUCGUCCGAUUGCCAUUUUCUUUGCCAAAACUCCGGCUGGCUUUCUCCUCUACAUUGUCAUCCUCAUCAUACCCUUCAUUGUUCUGUGCCCGUUGUAUCACUAUCACGAUCGGCAUCCGCUGAAUCUUUUUCUGCUGGGGUUGUUUACCGUUACACUUUCUUUUGGGGUCGGAAUGUCGUGUGCGUUUACCAAAGGUAAGAUCAUCUUGGAAGCCGCCAUUCUAACAGCGGUGGUGGUAGUGAGUCUCACUCAGUACACAUUCUGGGCUGCAAAGAGAGGCCAUGAUUUCAGUUUCCUCGGCCCUUUCUUGUUUGCUGCCACUAUACUGCUUAUGGUCUUUGGCCUGAUUCAGAUGCUCUUCCCGCUGGGUAGGACUGGGGUAAUGAUCUAUGCGUUGCUGGGAGCAUUAAUAUUCUCUGCAUAUAUCGUAUACGACACAGACAACAUCAUCAAGCGCUUCUCCUACGAUGAAUACAUCAUCGCAUCUGUGUCGCUUUAUCUUGACAUCAUUAACCUUUUCUUGAAUCUACUCACUAUCCUCAGAGAGCUGGAUGGCUAGGGAAAGGAAACAUUUGUCAACUGUACAAAAUUCUUUGGAUUUCUGUUUCAGUUCUCCGGAAAACAUGUUUCUGUCGAGGCCAGGAAAGUAUUUUAAAACUCACAAAUAGAAUAUGUAUAUAGAAAAGAAAAUGGAGACUCUAUUGUGUUAUGGUGAAUUAUAAUAGCAAAACUAUGCAAAAUUAUUUAGUAUCAUGGCAGUGGCUUCUGUGUUCUCUAAAACUAUGCAAAAUUCUUUGGAUCUCUGUUCCAGUUCAGUUUUCCGGCAAACCAGUUUCAUCAAAACCAGGAAAGUAUUCUAAAACUCCCCUGAGGACACAGAUAUAAUCUGUAGAUAGAAAAGAAAAUGGAGACUCUUUUGCAUACAGUGAAUUGUAAUAGUAAAACUGUCACUUUAGUAGUAGUAUUAUUGCAGUGGCUUUUACGACUUCUAUGAUAAUGUCAUUUUCUUUGUCCUGUUUUGUAGCAACUAAACAAGGAUAAGGAUCCAUAGAGGAGCAUUUGCAUUUGGUUAAAAUAGGUGGAUAUGCUAAUAAUUUUUUUUUUUUUUGGUUGCCCAAGUAAGUGGGUGUUCAUUUUAUAUGGAGUUAUUAUUGUUCCACUUCUGUGAAACUUAGUAUAAUAUUAAUUAUGCAAAGUGGGAUUCAUUUUGUUGGAGCUUUUCAAGUGUUGCCCACUUCCAGGAAACUACACACGUUUAUAUAUUCUUAUGAUCAUUGCAUUUGGAUUUGGUUUUGUUUGCUCAAACAAGUGGGAGACUUGGCUGAAGACACAGAAAAAGUUGCCAAAGAGGAAAUAGAUGAAAGCUGAGGAAUGAACCAAGGCAGAUUUGUACAUUUUUUAAAGGACGACGCUAUUUGUACAAAAGGGGCUUACAUAAAUCCUUUUAUAGAUGCGAUAAAUCGUGAUAUAUCGCUAUUUGUUCACCCCCUUCUCUCUCUCCCCUCUUCUCGCCCUUGCCUACAACCUCACCGCCGUCUCGCCUCCUCUCGCAGCUGCAAUCCACCGCCUCUCGUCUCCUCUUGUCGCUUCAUCUCUGUGCCUCGCCUUUUCGUCGCCUCUCUUCUGCGCCUUGCUACCUCGUCUCUUCACUUCUGCAAUCUCCAGCAACCGACAACCAUCAAACAAACCAAGAUGCAGCGGGCGGCGGCAGUUGGCAAGCAACGAGAGUGAAGGCGAGGCGAGAGAGAGACAGAAAAGAGGAGAGGAGAGGCGAGGCGAGGCGAG